GGUCAACGCUUCGCUAUCACAGCUAACAUGGCUGCUGCUGUGUUACUGUUUUAAUUGUUCGUGGUGUUUCGUCGGAUAUCGAAACAAAGGCGCCAUGAAAAGACGGAGAAGGCGACUUUCUCCUGAGGAAGAUGCCUUGGAGCACAUAGUUGCUUAUACAGAUAAACCCUUCCUGGAGGAAAGGUUUAUAGAUCCCUCUAAAGGGAGAGGUCUGUUCACCCUUGAAUCCAUUGAACCAAACACCUUUGUUGUUGAAUAUCGAGGAAACAUUUUUCCCCUCAAAGAAUUGUCCAAGGAGAAAUGUGGAGAUACUCUGAACAAUUAUGUGUUUGAAUUUUUAUGGAAGGAUGAAUACUGGUGCAUCGAUGCUUCGAAAGAAGAUGGGACUUUUGGAAGACUUGUGAAUGACGAUCACAGAAAUCCAAACUGCAAAUUAAGGAAAAUAAUUUAUGAGGGGAAACCACAUGUGUGCUUGUUUGCUCUGAAGAAGAUAUACCCAGGAGAUGAGAUUACGUUUGACUACGGGGAAUCCUCUUACCCGUGGCGCUCAAAUAAUUCCUCUGAUGAACUAGUGACUUCACAGACAGAUGUAAAUUCUUCUUCACCAUCAAAGUGCAGUCAGGAAAAGUGCUUGAAAGGUUCCACUUCUCAAGAGUCCUACUCUGAAGUGUCACAGCCUGAAGAUGCUUUCCAUAGCCAGGAGGAGGAUAAGACCUCUUCCAGCUCUGAAGGAGGAGAAUCUGAUGGAGACUACACCCCUAAUGAGGCUUCACCAAAGCCAAGACGCUCUCCUUGCACAAAAAAACAUAGCUGUUAUGUUUGUGGGAAGGUUGUAUCGAAACUUGGUCAUCACUUUUUGAUGCAUCGGAAAGAGGAGGCUGAAAUUGCCGAAUUGUAUUGCUUACCCUCAUACUCAAAGGAACGAAAGAAGUUAUUUCAGAAGUUACAGGAUAGAGGAAAUGCGAAACAUCAAAGAUCAGAGAGUGACGGUGGAGAAGUGUCUUUGACAAGACAGCUUGAAUCAAGUGUUGUCAUGAAUGCUGAAGUCGUUGUGCACAGUCAGAAGACAGAAGAUGCUCAAAAAAUGACACCUGGUGUACGGGGAAUGCUUAUCAGAAUGAAGCAAGAUGAGAUUACAUUUGCAGUUCAGAAUGACCCCCUUCUACUGCAGCUGGCACAGUCUUUGUGUGACAACUAUGAAAAUACUGCAGACCACGCACACCAUGACUUCACCACAAAUACUCUGAGGGAACUGGGAAAACUCUUGUUAAUACUGAGAAAAAAGUCUGUAUUUUGCUUUGAAGAUGCUGUCAAGGCCAAGAAUUUUUGCAAGGUCGUUGAAGCUGUGAAAGACUUCUCUGGGUUCAGUAAAGUCACACAGACCUAUAAUAAUCCAGCUGUUGCACAGAAAUUAGGAAAUCUCGUGAGGAAAUUAGGCGAAUUUGUCCUCAGUAAAACUGGCAACGAUGAGCAGCUGAGAAGCGAUACGGAAAAAUUUAUUAAAUUGUGUACACAUUGGCAACAACUUGUGUCUCAAGCAACCACUUCUAAAUUGAAUGGGCCGAAAUUAAACAACCCAUCUACCGUACCAUUCAUUCAUGAUGUGCAGCUUUUCUACAAGUGUCUCGAGACAACAUUAACUUCUGCUGUUGAAAGUCUGAAGACGCAUGAAGCCCCUUGUUUUUAUAAUGCACUUGCCAGCGUGACUGUUGCCCAGGUGUCUGUCCUAAACAAAUGUGCAUCAGAAGUUUCAGAAAUGACAUUGAAGUCAUUUGAGGAAAAAGAGACCACACAAGUGUUGUCUAAGCACUUCAUCAGAGUAAGCAUUGGCAAGACCAACCAAAAGGAUACCGUUUUGUUGACUACUGAACUUGUUGAUGCAAUAACAUUGCUGGUAAAUAAGAGGGAUGCAUGUGGUGUGCAUAGAGAAAAUGCUUUCUUAUUUGCAAAGCCAGACUUCAGUGCUGCCAGCUUCUAUCAAGGAAACACCUGCAUCAGGAUUUUUGCCACUCAGUGUGGUGCAGCAAAGCCCGAGUAUCUCAGGGCUAAGGAGUUCUACAAGCACAUUACAAGAAUAUUCCAGAUUCUUAACCUUGAAAAUGAUGAGCUUGAUCAGCUAGCCAACUUGCUAGGUCAUAGUAUUCAAUCGAAAAAGGAGUAUUAUCGCUUGCCAGAGGCAGCUGCAGACAUCGCCAAAAUUUCAAAAUUGCUGCUGACAAAGGAGAAAGGAUCUCUUGAAAGAACCCAAGGACAGUCCCUCAGUGGAGUUGAGUUUGUGGAGGAGCUGGAGCCAGACACAGAGCAGAGUAACUUUGAAAACAAUGAUACUGAAGAGGAAGAAGAGACAAAGGAAGAACCUGGUUGUUCAGAUGUAGCAAAACGUCAAGAAAGACAGCUGACGCCUGAAGAUGAUGCCCUGGAGCACAUAGCUGCUUGUAGAGACAAACUGUUUCUAGAGGAAAGGUUUAUAGACUUCAGCAAAGGUAGAGGUGUUUUCACUCUUGAGACCAUUGAACCAAACACCUUUGUUGUUGAAUAUCAAGGAAACAUCAUUUCUCACCCUGAAACCCAUGAGACAAGUUUUGUUGAUACCCUAAACAAUUACGUUUUUGACUUUUCAUGGAAUGGAACAAAGUGGUGGUAAGUGCACAGCUUGUUCAGUUUUGCAUGCUAUCUGUAUUGUGUUGAGGAGACCUUGCAGAGUACUACUACUUAAAGAAAAACUGUGAACAAUGUCUAUAACU